AUGGUGACUCAGAUACCAACCACUGCACGGUCGUACUACUUCCCAUCUCUUGGAUCCUACAGGAAUCUCACCUUGCAGACUACUCCCCUUCCGCCUCUCAAGUCUACAUAUGUUCUCGUCAAAGUCCAUGCUGUAUCGCUCCAGUAUCGCGAUCUGAUGAUCGCCUUCAACAAAUAUCCUCGAGGUGGUAUACCAGAGAACCUUGUUCCCUGCUCAGAUAUGGCUGGGGAAGUGGUUGCCCUUGGCUCCGACGUGACGCGCUGGAAGGUUGGCGACCGAGUCUGCGCCAACUUUUCGACGGACCACUUGGAUGGAGAUGUCACAGCUGAGAGUAUCAGUACAGCACUUGGUGGAGGUCAACAUGGGGUGCUGACCGAGUAUAGGUCUUUGCCAGAUUAUUCUCUAGUCAGAAUCCCAGAACAUAUGUCCUACGAAGAAGCGUCAACAUUACCUUGUGCUGCACUUACGGCGUAUAAUGCACUUCUGGGCCCCAAGCCAGUGAAAGCAGGCGAUACCGUCCUUGUUCUUGGAACAGGCGGAGUGUCCAUCUUUGGUUUACAAUUUGCUAUCGCUUCUGGCGCCAAUGUGAUCGUGACAUCUUCUUCUGACGCCAAGCUGGAAAUCACAAAGAAACUUGGUGCCACCCAUACUAUCAACUACAACACGACGCCAGACUGGGACAAGGAAGUUCUGAGACUCACCGAUGGGAGAGGCGUCGACCACGUUUUGGAGGUUGGUGGUCCAGGAACCUUUGAGAAAUCAAUAGCGUCCGUGCGUUACGCAGGAUGCAUCCAUGUCAUUGGAUUUUUGGCACAGAACUCGGAUGCCCUUACCAGUAUUAUCGGGCCUUGUAUCGGGAAGGCUAUCAUCAUUCGUGGAAUUCUGAUCGGUUCUGUCGCACAAUUCGAGUCGAUGAAUCGGCUCCUUCGUGCUCGCCCCGAGUUGACGCGUCCUGUCAUUGACAAGGUGUUCUCAUUUGAGGAGGCGGUGGAUGCGUAUGCAUAUUUGGAGAGCCAGAUCUUGAGCAGUGGACCGGGGUGUACGUGA